AUGACAGCCUCAGAACUACCAUCCGAAAUUCUAUCACAAAUUGCGGAGCAUCUAUUGACAAAAGACAUACUUGCUGGUCCUAUUACUUGCAAGACAUGGAGAUACAUAUUUCAAUAUUAUCUUUGGAGAGAUAUACAGAUCGAUUCCACCGAUACACUCGAGCACAUAUACAACAUGAUUAAACCCUACAAUAAUACAUCCAUACCACACGGCUCUAUGGUACACAGUAUACAAAUAGAGCAACAGUAUGAUUUAUUUCAAUGUCUUCCAAACUUGGUGCAUAUCGAUCUUGGACAUAAAAAUCUUAACAUUAUCAAUUGA